UUUUCUCGUCAACGGGAGAAGCUGAGGUUUUGGGGGAGAGAGAGGAAGAGAGAGAGAGAGAGGUGUGUUUAAUGUAUCUGAAGGUAAGAGCUGUUUUUUGAUCCAGAAACAGAGGAAAAGUAGUUGAGUGUUCAUCUUCCUCGUCUCCAGAGAACGAAAGGCGUGGCCUUUCGUACUGGGUUUUGGUUAAAUCCUGAGAAAUUCGUAUUACUCUCAGGGAUUUCGGGGAAAUUUGCGUAAUUCUUUAGGCGUUCGACGAUGUGUAAGAGGAUUGAUGAAGAAAGAUGAGGGUUUAUGGGUCUCUGGAACGAGUUAGAUAAGCAAUGGUGGAUCUGAGGAGUGUAUUGUGUUUUGGGUUGUCGUCGUUGUUGUGUUUGGUGCUGUUGGAGUGUGGUGCGGUCGGCCAAACCCAGGCCGAGUUGCUGUCCAAAUUCAGCGAGCGAGUCGCUUUGCUCAGUCUCAGAUCCUCGCUAGGGUUGAAGAGCAAGGAUUGGCCCAUAAAGGGUGAUCCUUGUACCGUGUGGAGAGGGAUAAAGUGCGAUAAUGGAAGUGUUGUUGGGAUCGACAUUUCUGGUUUCAAGAGGACAAGAAUCGGGAAGCAGUACCCACAAUUUGCCGUAGAUCCUCUCGUUAAUCUGACCCGUUUGGUCUAUUUUAACGCCUCGAGGUUGUCCCUCCCAGGGACCAUUCCUGAGUGGUUUGGUCUAAGGUUGCUGUCAUUGCAGGUGUUGGAUCUUAGUUCUUGUUCUGUUAAAGGUGUUAUUCCUGUCACUCUUGGUAACCUCACUGGUUUGAGGACUUUGAAUCUGUCUGAUAACCGCCUCACUGGUGCAGUUCCUAGCAGUUUGGGGCAGUUGUCGAAUCUUUCAGAGCUUGAUCUUUCAGGGAAUUCCCUUACCGGACCUCUUCCCCUACUGUUUGGUUCUCUGCAGAAUCUAUUACAUCUCGACGUUUCCUCCAAUUAUUUUACAGGGCCGAUUCCCCCGGAAGUAGGAAUGCUUUCGAGGCUUGGCUAUUUAAACAUUUCCAACAACAGUUUCUCGAAUUCGAUUCCUCCACAGCUCGGGAAUCUCAGCAAUCUUGUGGAGCUUGAUCUCAGUUUCAAUGCAUUGUCUGGUCCAGUGCCUGAAGAUUUGAGAAGAAUGAGGAAUUUGCAGAAAAUGGUGAUUAGUGAUAACCUUUUAAGUGGGUCUUUACCAGCCAAUUUGUUCGAUGCUGGGAGCCGAUUGCAAGCUUUAGUUUUGAGGAUCAAUGCUUUCACUGGUAGUCUACCCGACAACUAUUGGUCAUUGCCCGAAUUGCGGGUUCUUGAUAUCUCUAGGAACAAUUUCACAGGUUUGCUGCCGAAUUCUAGUCCAGGUCCAAAUCUUCCAGAUGCAAAGCUCGAUAUAUCUCAGAACACGUUUUACGGAGGCCUCACGCCCAUUCUUAGAAGGUUCCGAACCAUGGACCUCUCUGGGAACUAUUUCGAAGGUAGGGUUCCAGAUUAUGUGUUUGAUACAAAUGCUUCCCUUAUCGGUAACUGCCUUCAAAACGAGAAGGCACAAAAGGCAUCAGAAGAAUGUGCAUCUUUCUAUAGGGCUAAAGGCUUAGCCUUUGAUGAUUUUGGUCGCCCUAAUUCUACAGUAUUUCCUGGGAAGCAAUCUUCUUCGGGGUUAAGCCACAGAACAAAAGUUAUUCUGGCUGCAGUGGCUGGAGGAGUUGGUCUUAUCCUUAUUUUCUUGGUCUUGCUGAUUCUUGUAGCUAUAUGCAUACGUAAAAGAGGUGGUCCGGCCCAAAGAGGAAACGGGGUCAGGCCUAGUCCUGCCGCCGAGGAAGCUCCACAACCUCACGGAGGAGGAGGAGCAGGAGCAGGAGGAGCAACGGCAAGGGCACUCGACCUGUCCCAUCUAGGAAAUGCAUUUACCUACGAGCAGCUUCUUCAGAUCACAGAACAGUUCAAAGAAGCCAAUCUUAUAAAACACGGCCACUCGGGAGAUUUGUUCCACGGGUUCCUGGAAAAUGGAAUACCUGUUGUGAUCAAAAGGAUCGAUGUGAGUGAAAAUAAGAACGAAGGGUAUGUCUCAGAACUGGAGUUCUUUGGUAAGGUCGGGCAUCAUAGGCUGGUUCCUCUUCUGGGUCACUGCUUAGAGAAUGAAAGCCAAAAGUUCUUGGUUUAUAAGUAUAUGAGGAACGGGGAUUUGGCCAGUUCCUUGUACAGAAAACCCGAUAAUGACGACGAUGGAUUGCAGUCUUUGGAUUGGAUAACGAGGUUGAAGAUUGCCCUUGGAGCAGCCGAGGGACUUUCUUAUUUGCAUCAUGAAUGCUCACCUCCUCUUGUUCAUCGGGAUGUACAAGCAAGUAGCAUACUUCUCGACGACAAAUUCGAGGUACGGCUCGGGAGUCUAAGCGAGGUCUGUCCGCAAGGCGAUAGCCAGCAGCAGCAGAGCAGAAUUUCUCGUUUUCUUCGGUUACCGCAAUCAUCUGAUCCAAGCUCUUCAAGUGCAGCGACUGGGACAUGCCCUCACGACGUAUACUGCUUUGGGAAGGUGUUACUCGAGCUAGUAACGGGGAAGCUCGGGAUAAGCUCGGGAGAGAAUGCAGAGACGAAGGAAUACUUGGAAGAGACACUGCGUAACAUAAGCACGAACGAGAAAGAAGGCAUGAGCAAGAUCUUGGACCCGUCGUUAAUGGUGGACGAGGACUUGCUUGAAGAGGUAUGGGCAAUGGCGAUAAUAGCGAAGUCGUGCCUAAACCCGAAACCGUCGAGACGGCCACUGAUGAGGCACAUCCUGAACGCGCUGGAGAAUCCGCUGAAAGUGGUGAGGGAAGAGAACUCGGAUUCCUCGUCAAGGCUGAGGGCAAACUCGUCGAGGGGGUCGUGGAACGCGGCCAUAUUCGGGAGCUGGAGGCAGAGCUCGUCGGAUGUGAUGGCGGCUGGGGGGAAAGGGGAAGGAGGAGGGACGGCGAGCGGGAGAGGGCUGAAGAAGUCGUCGGGGUCGGAGGAGGGGAGCGGGCAGAACGAGACGACGACGUCGUCGUCGAGGAGGCGGAACUCGAACGAGAUAGUUCCGGAGCCUUCUCCUUACAUUGAGUGAUGUAUGUAUAGAACAUUUGGGGGAGAGUGAGGGAGGAGAGGGGGUUUUGUUUCUCGUUAUGAGGCUUUAGUCCGAUUCUUUCGUGUCGAUAGUAACCAGAGGGAGAGGGGGAGAGAUGGUUCCUUUGAGUUGGCGAGUGUUUUAGUUUUAGGUUGCUUCUUUCUAUCCCCAUUUUUUUUUCCCCGUGUUAGGAUUUGGAACUGGAGGAGUGAGAUUCUAUUCCCUUC